AUGUCCCAGAGGCAGCUGCUCACGCAGGACCACGAGAGGCUCCUGGCCACGCAGCGUGGCUUGAGCUGCAUGUCGCGAAGCAGCCUCUUACAUGAACGUAAAGCUCCGGAACCAGAACCUCCAUUCGGCGAUGCUUUUUUGCAACAUGCUGAGCUGCAGAGACUGUCCUUCUGCUGGCCUGAUGCCCGUGUCAGGAAGCGGCGCCGCCGACGGCGACUUGCCAGAUUGACCCGUGAGAGUCACUUGCAGAACGGCGCAAACGCAUCAUGCGGCACCUGCUGGCACGACCUUCAGAACUUCCACGUGAGAUCGAAGGUGGCCAUCCAAACAGCAGCAGUUGCCUCAUCCUCCUGA